GUAGUGAGAGCUGGCCGGGGCCAUUUGGUCCCUGGCCUGGGGCCUUCUGCAGACUCGGCUUGGAGGGGAUGGGGCAGCUGAGCCAUGUGCACCACCCUCUUCCUGCUCAGCACCUUGGCCAUGCUCUGCCGCCGCUGGUUUGCCAACCGGGUGGAACCAGAGCCCAGGGAAGCAGAUGGGGCAGUUAUGGGCAGCAACGCAGAUGCGGACCUUCAGUCCCCAGGCAGGGAGAAAGAACCUCUGAAGUAAGCCUUCACCUCAUCAGGCUGGGCUCAGCUCUGGGCACUGGGAUCGGCUGGCCAGGCAAGCAGGGCAGGGCCAGGAGCCCUGGAGGGAAAAGGGUUGAGCUGGGGUCAAGGAAGAAGAAAGAUGCAAGACCACACCAAGCAGUCUCCACGGCUGGUGGUCACUAGUGGAGGCUGAGCGGGAAGAUGGAGCUGUUCGUUCAGCACCAUCUUGCUACCUUCCAGGCCACGGGCAAGGGAUGGCUAGAGGAGAGCCCGGUGUGGGAGAGGUGGUGGCUGUGCUGAGGCUUGCGGAUCCUGCUGGCGGACUUCUAAGCAGGAGGUGUUGCCCCGGGAUGUCACCCCGAAGUCCUAGGUCUGUCUUCGAGCACGAGGGAAAGCGCUGAUCUGUUUGGCCUUCUGUUUCAGCCCAAGUCCUUGUUUGACCUACAGCCCAGGAGGACACGAGGGGUGCAGCAGUUGGGAGGAGAGAAGCGGUGAUGGAGAAGGCCCCUGUCAUUUGGCUGCUCUGCUGAAUCACCAGUAAGAGAGGCCGGCUGGAUCGGUGACAUGGGACCAGUCACCAGAAGGUCUUCUGAAUGUGCUUUCUGUGUGUGCACGCGCAUGUGUGCACGAAUGUGUGUGCGCGCGCGUGUGACUGGGUUCCAAAAGGGCAGUCGCGUGUGGGAAGGGAACAAGCAUGACACUCGCUUUUGUCAGUGUGCUGACUGCUCAGUAGUGGUGGUGGCCUCCUUUGCCGCCAGCUGCUCUGCCAUUUCUCUCCCUUUACAGUCCUGCCCGAUCCCGAGCAGAGAUAAAAGCAGAUUUCCGCUCGCUCACAGAUCCAGGCGCAGACCCUGCGGGCAGCUGCUCCCAGCUGUCUCACAGUCAUUAAUCUUCAAAAGCGCCCCCACGCCCCCACUCAGCAUCUCUCCUCCCGGUCCAGCCCCCCACUGCCGGCCCAGCAGCCAUGUCUGCGUGGCUGGCCUCUGCCCUUGACUUUCAAGCAGCAGGGGAUGGGAGAGUUCUCUAGACAGCAGCACCCAGCCGCUGCUCCACAUCCGAGGGGAGGCAGCGAGAGGCGCCGCAGCGGAGAGGGAACCCACUCUGAGGCUGAGGAGGCCGGAGCCUGCUGAGGCUGCAGGAGCCUUCCGUGGGAGCCUCGCAAAGUAGGGCAGGGAGGAGGCAGGGGAAGGUCGCCCCGGGAGGAGCCUGCCAGAGCCAGAGCGCCCACCUGACCCAGGCCACCUGUCUCAGCUCCUGUCAGCCUGUCUUUCUCCUGGGAGGCUGAGCCUUCCGCGUGACAGGAUGUCAGGCCGAGGGCCAGAGGGCGCUGUUCCCAGGACCCCGUCUGUGUUCCCCGAUCCCAUCCCCCGUCAUUCUCCCGUGUGUUUGCCACGUUCCUGUCACCUCAUCUUUGCCUCGGCUCUCUGCCGUCUCUAAGUUGCCUGCCUCCUUCCAAUGGUCUGAGGAAUUGUCAGACCAAGGUCAUGGAGCGGGCACACUUCCACAAGGCGGCACCCCUAAGGGGCAGCACUGUUCGGUGAGCCUGGGCAGGGUCCAUUCCAAGGGAAGGGUGGGAAAGAGAGAAGGGGCUGCCGGCAGUGGGGCAUGUGGCUGCCUGGGCCUGGCAGCUGGGGUGCCAUGUGGGCUGGGCUCUCUCCCCUGGGAGCAGGCUGGCUUUGGUGGGAGCAGACUGUGUUUACACCUUCCCCGCACACCCGCCAGGGCUUGCCUCUUAUUCCCGGGGCCUCUCCCACCCCUGGGGCCUCUGCGAAAUCUGCGCAAUUGCAGCUCCUGCUGCAGAGUUGCCUCCCUCAGCUCGAACUCCUCUACCAGAGGCUCCCCGGACCCAGGAGCCCCUCCUUGGCCCAUGAGCUCCCAUCACAGGGGUGAGUGAAGUCUGGGUCAAGGGUGGGCCCUCUUAGGGGGAGUCACUUCAAUUGUGCCCGAGACACCAUCUCCACAGAGCGAGUCUUUCGUCUCCUUAUUUCCUUGGAAAGACCCACCGCUUGGAAGUGGGAGCGGGAAUGCUUAGGGGCUUGGGAGAGAGAGCGGAGCUGAAGAGCUCGGUUAGUCCUCGUUCACGACGCUGGCGCUGAUGAAAUAACCAUGAAGGAGCUAAGAGUGAGGACUCCAGAGUCAGAGCAUCUGGAUCUGAAUCACACUCCACCACUUCCUCCCUCUGUGACCUUGGGCUCCUUAUGGCAUGUCUCUGUGCCUCAGUUUACUUCUCUAAGAUCGAGACAGUAGCACUUAUUUCUGAGUUGGUGUGAGGGUUCAAUAAUGUAGUGGUUAGCACACCUGUAAGUCUUCCAUAUGUGCGAGCUAGUAGUCACCUGGGAACUAGAAGGUACUGCGCAAUGGCAGGUUCAGACUACUGGGAGGUCCUCCCGUCUCACCCCACGGUCUUUCCCACCCUGCCUCUCUAUACGCACAAUCACCGGGCGACCGGCAAGUUCAAAGCAAACUACAGGAGGGUGAGGGCACCCAGGGAGCCAGAACCGCAACGACCACCCUGGCCUCUGCGUGUGCCCAGAAUUCUGUCUCCGCCUGCAUGGCGGUUUUGAUCUGCACAUCUCCCCUCAGCUGCCUCUGCUUCCCAAGUGCAUCUCAGCCGCCGAGGGAGACAGAAGUCCUUUGCCCUCAUGUCUUUCCUCUUCAUCUGAAUGCUAAUCUUUCUGCUGGCCAGAGCCUGAGUGACAAGGAAGAGACUGCUCAGAGCUGCAGGGCAGCCGAGGGCAGCAGCCGGAGCAGGGAGGUGCCGCUGUCUGCUCCUUCUGUGGCUGACACUUGGGGGUGCUGCCAGUCUCUCCUGGAGGUUGGAACAUGACCAGAGAACUAAUGAGGUGUUGGAAAGGAGCAAGGAAGUAGCCAUGGCAGCUGCGGCAGCUGCUGCUGUUCUGCGUCAGCCCCGGGGUGCAGCUGUGGCUUUGGGGGAGUACCUGCCCAUCAAAUGCCUGGUGUGUCUGUGUGCGCACACAGUCCUGAGACAGGUGUGCACCAGAGGCCUCGGUCCAAGCCUCCGGGGGCAAGGCCUGCAGCCCAAUGUGAGGCAGGUACAGUGCAAGAACAGUGCACCCCACUGGCCCCACGGGUGCCGUGGGCAGUGUGAGUUACUGCACAAGGGCAGAUUUGACUCUUUGGAGCUCCUCCCGUCUCACCCCAUGGUCCUUCCCACCCUGCCUCUCCUCUGCACGGAGAAGCCUGAGUCCUUGAGCUAGAGGAAAGUAAUCCUUCCUUGUAAGGCACAAAACAAGGAGAACGGCAAAUCGGCCUCUGCCAAAGCUUAGGUUAAUAUAAUGAUAAUGACCUUAAUAAUGCUAUCAACGAUGGCUAACAUGUAUCAAAACUUUUAUGUGCCAGGCACUGUGCCCAGUGCCUUACUUAUAAGCACUAUCUCAUUUAGGAGGCAGGCACUGUUGUUAUCCUCAUUUACCCACUCAGAAAAGUGAAGUUCACAGAACCUGCUCAAGGUACUCAAAGCUAGCAGGAAAGUCAGGCCUGCCUGUACCUGGGAAAUCUGACGCCAAACCUUGGGGCAGAGAGGACCAGAGUCUGGGGUUGGUGAAGAAAUUCCAGGUGUGACUGCUUGCGAGCGCACAAGCACUGGAGCCCUGCACCAGCCCUGGAUACGUCUGUGCAGGGGCCAGGGUCAUUCCUGCUGCUGUCUCUUCAGGGACACCUUCAGGCAAGGGCAGACCAGACUCUGGGCCCUAGAAAGGCCAGUCCUUGCCGGCCUGCGGAGGGGAGUGAAGAGCUGCCUCCUCAGGAUCCAUCGGUGCCACGCAGGGAGGAAGCGGUCCCCCCUGGCAGGGAUGAGACAGCAAGGUCACCACUCAGAGUCACUGCCACUGCCUCCUUCAAUCAGGGGCUGAGCCCUGGGGAGAGAAGAGAGAGGCGGCCAGCAGCCCAGCUGGAGAGGAGGGAAUGCGAGGCGACAGACUGUUUUGACCUGCUCGUGUUUUCGAGGGAAGGAUGUGGGGCAGAGACCUAAGAGGGGUUCAGGACAAGCUGGAAACACGUUCUGUAGCCAAGGACCACAGACCCUCUCCGAGGGAUACAUGUGCCCCCUAGUGGGGGUUAAGACUGGAUGGUGGCUGAGAAGAUUAAAGCAAAACAAAAGAUUUACUAACAUUCUCUGAACCCAUGAGCUGGGGGAGGAAGUGCCAGUCUUGUCCUAAGUGAACACACACACAUACUUAAUUCGUAUGCAGAAGCCACGUGAACUAAGCAUGAAAAGAAAUUAAGCAUGAAAACCAUUUGAUGGUUUACUUACCAUACGAACUGGGAACCUACAAUGUACACACACCAAGUCAGGUGUUGGAGUGGAACGUAAUAAAAGAGCCUGUGUCACUCCCUGCCCUUUCAGCCUAGUUCUGCCAGUUUACCCCCACCUGCUCAUGUAACCUUUUGUGCUGCAGACCUAGUUUUCUCCAUUCAAUAGACAUGUGUCCAACCUAGGUGACAUUUAAAGGACAAACGACCUCCUUAGGAAAAGAAACACCGAGUAAAAUGACGGGGUGGGCCAGGUGAUCUCAGGGCCCCCACAGAUAUUUCUCAUCAAGACAGACUGUCUGAAGGUGCUGACAAAGGCUUGCCAUGUGACAAACAUUUACAGAGUGCUUGUUUGUCAGGUCCUCUGGAUACAAACAUGGAUUAAGACCUUCUGCCACAACCAACCAGGAAACUGGGCAAAAUAUGAGAAACAGACACUUGACAACGGGCAACAAACAGGACAAUAACCCCAUGACUGCCUUGGCCUCUGCCCAGAGACAAUUCCCCGCUAUUCGCAAGGAUAUCCAGUGAACCAAUGGGCUCCAACAGCAGAGCAACAAAGGUAUCUCGGUACAGAAAGGAAGGUCCUUUCAACUGGAUACAGGAAGCACUAACUGCAGAAGAAAACUCCACUGGAAUUUUUCAAAGUCACACUUGUGCUCCUGAAAAGACUGGGAGAAAAUAUCUGCCAAAUAUCUGAGAAUAGACUUCUCUCCAGAAUAUAUAAAGCACUUUUACAUUUCACUAAUAAGGUAGGAGUGUUUAAUAAGGAGUGUUUAAGGUAGGAGGGUUUUAUAAAAAAAUAUAAAGCCUGGAACAGGGAUUUAGCUCAGUGGCACCCCACCUGCGUCACA